CAAGAGUGUCCACCAUCUACAAACAUCGCAACCUUCUUGCUUCCUUUCGCCGCUCGACCAAAAGUUCUGCGGACAACAUCGGCUUUUGCGUAUUCACGUGAUUUGGUCUCACACCAAGUAGCAUCGCAGGUAUCCGCCAGUAAUGGCUAUUACGUUUGAACCAAAGCCUCGAACGAGAACAUACAAACCCAAAACCAGAACGGGUUGCAAGACAUGCAAAAUCCGCAGAAUCAAAUGUGACGAAUCGAAACCCUUCUGUAACCGAUGCACGACUACAGGCCGCACGUGUGAUGGCUAUGAUAUCAACUUCGCACCCAGGCGAACUACGCCACCUGCAACCACGCACUCGACUUCUCCACCUCUGUCGACUCCAGGUCAGGAUGUCGUCGACUUUGCAUCAGAGACUCGCUCCUUCGGCGCGCCGUCCUUCUUGUUACCAUUACUUCGUCUAGAGUCUGACGAAGAGCGGAUCAAUCUGCAAUUCUACGUGAAUCAUGCUGGUCCUGCGCUGGCACGAUCAUCCAAUUCGGCGUUCUGGCAGCGUCAAGUCCUGCAAGCCGCCCAUCAACAUGCUUCCAUACAACACUGUAUCAUCGCCCUUGGCACCAUGUACAGGAGGUUCUUUGAGCCCACGUCGUACAUGGAUAAGGACAUUGCAGAUCAGCGAUUCCAAUUCGCAUUGAUACAAUCAAACAAGGCCAUACAGAAAUUGAUUCGAGAUCAGUCUGAACACUACAAGACUGGUGUGGUGGAUAAGAUGACGGCGAUGACUUGUUGUAUCUUGUUUGUCAGCAUGGCCAAUCUCCAACUCCAGCGGGGAGCUGCACUGAAUCACCUACGGAGCGGCAUACGCAUGCUGAAAGAUACGAAGCUAGAGAGCUACGAUGACAGGACCAGCCACCCUGUGAAUAUCAACUCACUACGAUCUAUCUUCACUGGACUUGACAUCCAAGCACGGAGUAGUAUGAACUGGUCAGACAUCCAAAACUGGGAGCCUGUCGUUGCAUCUAUGGCUGAAUCAGAUCCCUUCAAUAUUGACAUCCGCUCACCAUGGGCACUGUCUGAGCUGCAUUGUUACACAGAGACCCUUCUCAACGACAUUCUUGCCUUCAAUCGCGGCUGCGUAGUCCGCCCACUCACCGACCGAGACGCCAUCCAACACGAGCACGACACCUUGGUCUCUCGGUUCCAGCAUGUCACCGAAACACUCAACACUCUCCGCGCCACCACGCCCACCAUUGAUUCACCGCAACAAGCCUCCUCCAAAACAAUGCUCCUGCUCGCCCAGACACAGCACUAUCUGCGCUCCUCCGUCACCCCUCUGAAGCAGCACUUUGACGUGACGAGCCCGCUCUCUGCAGUAACCUAUGAGGCGGCUCAGCUCUUUACAGACAUGAUGCCGCAUAUCGAUCACCUCCUCUCACAGACGCCAUCAUCUACGCCCGUCUACUCCACCGCGCCAGGCCCGUUGGCCGCACUGUGGCUCAUCGGCACUAGUGCGCCAACGUCGUGCGUUACGCUGAGAAAGAAUGCGCUGCAGCUCAUGCUCAAGCAUCCACGCAGAGAAGGGCUCUUUGACGGGCGUGCGGCGGGCAAGAUCGGGAUGGCGGCUUGGAGACUGGAGCAGAGUGCUGCCAGGGAAGAGAUGGGACUGAGCGUGUAUGAGGAUGGAAUGAAGGACUUGGUUGUUCCCGAGCAUUUGCGAUUUGUGUUUAUGGAUGUGGAGUUUGCGAAGGAUGACGAGCAUUGGGUGAGGGUGAAGUUUGCUAAUGCGGUGGAUCUGAGGAGUGGUGGAGGGACGGUAGUCACAAUUGAGUACUGAUAGGUCAUGUAACCAGCUGGGUUUGGUGUUACACAGGUCUUGGAGGAUACAGUUGCAUGGAGAGUGCUUGUCGUGUUGCUUGGUUUUACAUUGAUAUUGAGACAUGGAAAUAGUACCUUGGACUGCUUACCUACAGUCCCUGGAGCGCAUGGCCC